ACGCCGCUGCAUCUUGCCGUUGUCCGCGGAGACGUAGAUAUUGUCAGGCUCUUACUGGAUCAUGGUGCCAAAAUGGAAGCAAAAGACAGCUUAGGCAGAACGCCGUUACUGAGAGUUAGUCCAGCAGAUGAAGGAGGUGAAAUCAAAUCAGACAUUGUAAGAGAGUUGUUGGAGAGAGGUGCCGUUGUUGGGGCUAAAGACAAGAAUGGG